AUGGCAGCUCCCUCUAAGGUCGCUAAGGUCGAGGAGGGAGCCGAAGCUGCCACCCCGAGCUCUAUCGAGUCGUCUCCCGAUCAAGACCAAGACGCUGGCGCCGAACAACCCCAGGAACCUGCCCAGCCCCAGAAGCGCAAAGGCGGUCGAAAGCCUAUAUACGCGACCUCGGAAGAGCGGAAGCAACGUAAUCGACAGGCUCAGGCUGCCUUUCGCGAACGACGGACUGAAUACAUCAAGCAACUCGAGGCAACCAUCAAGCACAAUGAAGAGAAUCUGUCAAGCCUGCAGCAAAGCCAGCGCACUGCCGCAGACGAAUGUCUCAUGCUGCGCUACAAGAACAGUCUACUGGAACGAAUAUUGCUCGAGAAAGGCAUCGAUGUCCAGGCUGAACUACAGAUGAAGACCGGCAGUCCCGUCCUUGGCCCUGGAUUUAUGCACCCUGCGGCUACUAUGCCACCACAACCACCAUUGCAAAGAACAGCCUUGCAAAGGCAGCAGGCCCGAAGAUCUGGCCAGAACUUCCUGCCUAAGCUGGCUCCUGGACAGUCCAAUCCGGACAUGGGCUUUACUACAUCGCCUCACGCUCACCCGACCCCAUCGUCUCAUGCUUCCUCUCCAAGUCAACUGUCGACGAGAUCGCUGGCAUUGCAACAAGGUGGGAUGACCUCACCCGCAUCUGCUGUCCUCGCUCAGCCGCAAGCACAGCAUUUCCAGAGCUUGGCGCGCUCGUCGCAACCGCAACCUAACCAAGCUUUCUAUCAAGCUCAGCAGCAGCCCGCAAAUGGCCCACGCCAGCCGCAGCAACGCCCGACUCCCGCGUCUACCUAUCAAGGCAGUCAAAGUGGUAUGUCAACAGCAUCAACCUUCUCCUAUCCUAGUCCAUUUCAGAAACAUUUUGAUCAGCUCGACCAAGAGUACGACACUCAGCACUCCCGAUCCAUGCUCGACGAACCCGAUGACGACAAUCUCCGAACGCAUCGAUCUCCACAGUCACAGGGUCAAUAUCCGCAACAUUACCAGAAUCCCCAAGAACAAACGUCUGGAGAUUACUAUAACCCUCCGCAAGGCAUGCAGCAGGGCCAGCAUCAGCUGUCACCGCAUUCACAGUACGAACAGAUGCAGCAAAUGAUUCCGACCAGUCAUCCCAACGGGAACGAUGGUCCUUAUGAGGUUGAUCCAAACGACCCAAUGCUUGAUGCAGACCCGUUUGGACUGAGUGCGUCAAUGCACUAUCCAACCACAUACUCGUUCGAGCAACACCACGGGCAAAGAUAG